GGAUUCGGGUUGUAUAUGACCCGGUAUAAAUAUGGGCGCACAGAAGAGAGAUCUGAUUCUAGAAGCGCGACGCAAGAAGGAAACAAGAGGCUUCUGAGAAGAGAAUUGAGAACUGAAAAGAUGAAGCCUAUGGCGGUAGACUACUUCGCGGAUUUGGAUGAGCAAGGAUCCACCAUGGCGAUGGACGUAGACGACGUGGAAGCGCUCGAGAUCUUUGGCGAGGGUCCCCUCGGCGGCCCUACCGAGCACCACCGCCUCGCCGAUGCCGACUUCUUCAACUCCUUUGAAGACGAUUUCGACGAUUCCGACAUCAACUGAAACGGUGUUUUAGUGAAUUUAGUCCCCCCUCCUCUCCUCUCCCUGCCAAAUCAAUCCUUCUACUCUUUAUUAUCUGUCGUGUUUCUGAAUAUCCACUCAGUGGAUUCUGCUGAAGAAUUAACCGGAAAUUGAAAGUUUAAAUAAAAUUUUAUGUUCAUUGUGUUUUUCA